CCGUGUGUACACACAUUCAAGCAUAGCUCAACAAUAGCUCGACAAAAAAAAAUACAUACUUGAUCUCGUCGAUCAGGUGAAGGUUAAAGAUAAUCGACUUCAUUACAGACUUUAUUGCACUUUGAUAUCUUUGGAAUCAGCUCUUAAGGGAGAAAAAUAAUCAGCAUGCUCAGAAGUGCAAUGAAGCGAGUACACGAUCUCACAGCUCUCCGGGAUACUCUGGCUAAAGAGAUGCCCUUUUCCAUACAAGCGCUGGAAUCGGUGAAGCAUCAAACAACCUUCAAGCUCGAACCAGCCAAGCCUUGCUAUGUUUCCGAGGACGAGAAAUCCUCCUUAGUCGUCAUCAAAGAAGCAAGUAGCGAUGCCUGUCCCAUGUACACAAUUUAUUGCAACCAGCCAGACGUCGCCAAGGUUGAGCGAGAUCUGAAGGACUUCAUCAAUUGGAACGAACCCUGGGGCUUUGGGGGUGUCCCGAGUUACCUGGCCCCAACUCUGAAGAAAAUGGCCUUGGCCAAUGGCCCUGAGGAGCAUCUGGAAAUCAUGGAUUGUUGGGUGUUCAUUUUGGAUCCGGACGUCGUGCUGCCUGAGGUCGAGAUUCCGUCUAAAUACAAGAUUCAACAAGUUCCGCCCUGUGAUGCCAAAUACAUGGACGAUUUGUGGAAAUAUAAAUCCGGACCGAGCCUUGACUUGCUGGUUGCUCAAACCAAAGUAGGUCUUGGAUUUGGAGCUUAUGCGGACGGGGAGCUGGCGUCUUCGACGGCUGUAUUCAA